UUUAAGGUAAACUUAGCACGGGGCAGGCGCUAGUGCGAGGAUCUGCUCAUCUGCAAGGUAUGGAGACGGCAGAAGCCACCUGUCCCCAGGUGACUUUGAUGUCCAUCUCCCACCCGUCCGUCAGUGAGGCUGAAGGACAGAUGUUUGCCCAGGAGAAGGUAGAAUGAGCUGGGCAAUUGGCGAAGAAGGAAAAAUCGAGAGGACGGCCUGAAAGCAGCAUGAGACUGAAGCUGAGGGUGCUGGACCUGUGUCACGCUGUGCUCUGCAUUGGCUUGAUGCUCUGCGGAGAAGGAGGUGUGUCUUCUGUGCUAGCUCUUGGGGCAAGUAUUAUCUGCCGAAAAAUGCCAGGCCUUUCGCCAAGGCAGAGAAGCAUCUGCGAAGCUCGUCCAGAUGCCAUGGUAGCCAUAGGUACGGGUGCGCGACUGGCGAUCGAAGAAUGCCGUUACCAGUUCCAGCACAGCCGAUGGAAUUGCAGCUCCUUGGCAGAACCAAGUCUCUUCGGACCGGAGCUAAAAGUAGGCAGCAAAGAAACAGCCUUUUACUAUGCCAUCCUUUCUGCUGGCAUUGCCCAUGCCAUCACCAACGCCUGCAGUCACGGCAACCUGACCUAUUGCGGUUGUGACCGGGAUAAACACGGACACCAAGAUCCUGAUAAAGGAUGGCGAUGGGGAGGGUGUUCUGCUGAUGUGAAAUACGGUAUACGCUUGUCCAAAGAGUUCCUGGAUGCCAGAGAGGUUAAACGCAAUGCCCGCACCCUCAUGAACCUGCAAAAUAACCUGGCGGGGAGAAAGCUCUUAGAGAAGAACGUUCGCUUGGAGUGUAAGUGUCAUGGCGUCUCAGGUUCUUGUACAGUGAAAACGUGCUGGGUCACUUUGCCUCAUUUCAGAGAGGUGGGCUACGUACUGAAGGACAGGUACAAGGAAGCAGUAAUGGUUGAACCAAUGAGUGGAAGACGUCAACAACUCCCAACAUUUCUGAAGCUUAAAAAUCCUCAAAGCUACAAGAAGCCAGCGGAGACUGACCUGGUGUAUAUAGACAGCUCCCCUAACUUCUGUGAGAGAAACGUUACCACGGGAAGUAUGGGAACGCAUGGACGUCUGUGUAACCGCACAUCUUCUCUGUCUGACAGCUGUGAGCUCCUAUGCUGUGGUCGGGGAUAUAAGACUUUUCAGUAUAUCCACACGUGGCAGUGCUACUGCAAAUUUCACUGGUGCUGCCAUGUCACAUGCAAUACAUGCCGCGAAAGGACGCAAGCCUACACAUGCAACUAGGAAAGAACAAAGGCGCUGGCCAAGUGGCCAAAUGGGGCCCAUCAGGUGUAUGUUAGAGCAGGCAGCUUGGAUUGCUUUGUGAUGCUGCAAAUUUUGAGAAGAUGUUGAACUGCUAAAUGAUGGAGAAGAGACAUGGGACCACUGUGCUGCAGAGAGUAAAUGGCCACCAGUGAUGCAAGUGUGCAUGUACAUAGGUGUUGGGCUGCCAUGGUCAACUGCCCUAACUCAUGGUCUUGGUGGCCUUCCCCAUAAUCACCAUAUUCUGUAAGCAGAAGACCCAUGUAAGCUCCAACACCUGUUUUAUAGCGGUAAAAAUUUUCCAAUGAGAAUGGUGGUCAUUGCAACUUGGAGUUCAGAGCAACUUUUUAAAUCCCUCUAUGAACCUGUGCACAAGAUAUAUGGUUUAUAUAGAUUUAUUCAGUUAUAUCAAAGAUUAGAGGAUCUGGCCUAGAUUUCUGACAUGAGAGGAUCUGCGCCCAUUGAUGUUGAAAU